GAUUCACUUUGUUUUGUUAGCUCAUAGAUGGUUCAGCGGUUUAUAGAAUAAAGGGGCAUCAGAAUCAUCAGACUACACUGGAAUUGGGAACUCUAAGAAUCCGCGGACGUUUGCCCAACGGUUCCGUGUAGGCUACGUUAUAAAACACGUCCAGACCCCAGCGGAGGACACACGGAAAGGACGCGUACAUCACACCUGAGAGUUUUCGCAACUAUUGACGCAACAGCAUCGAAGAUGGCUGGGUUGAUGAAGUUCACCCUUCUCUUUUGUUUGUCCAUAGUGAGGAUGUCUGCGCUUAACAUUUUCCCUGAGAAAUUUAAACUGGCUGAGAGAAGCAAAUCCGUUACCCUGACCUGUAGAACAGAUAAAGACAAUAUCAAAUGGAGACUGGAUGAUAGCAUACAGCCGAUAUCGGAAACAGAGUUUGAAAAACUCAAUGGGCGGGAUUUGACCGUGAUUAACCUGCAGGAAGACCUAACCGGUAAUUACACCUGCUGGAGUGAUACGGGUCUUGAAGACUACACCUAUCUCCUGCUCGACAAGUCUAAAGAAGUUACAGCUUUUAAUAUCAACUGCACAGCUGAAACCUUUUCCUGCUCUCAAAAAAUCAAAUGUGCCUGGACAUCAGAAGAAUUUACUGAUUUCAGACUUCGCAAUACAAGGGAUGAUGGUGACUGGGUGUCACAGUCCGUGGAUGGGGAUUUUUUUCUCCCACAUUCCACCAAUUCAUAUUCUGAAGAGUCUGAGCGGCUGCUGAUCACAGGGGAGGCAGUUUCCACAUGCUGCUAUAUGAAAACGGACUACAGCUUCUAUCUACGAGACGUUGUUAAGCCAGCAGAUCCAGGCAUUUCAAUCUGCUCUAUAGAAAAUGAGGGGAGUGAUGAACAAAUCAUUGAAUUAGAGGUGAAGCCUCCCUCGACCUGGCCGCAGCCCCACAGUUUCUUUCCUCUUAAGCAUGAGAUUGAAUAUGAGAUACGGCACAAUGGGGAGCUGAAGACUGAAGAAAGGGAAGAGGGCUCAAAGAUCAAAGUUAAGGGCUCCAUCACCAAACUAAGGGUCCGCUGCAGAGACCUGCUACUCCUCUCUCAGUGGAGCGAGUGGAGCAAGUGGAAAAAUGUAAACUAGCGAUUAAAACCUCCCCUCCUCCUGAACCCUUUAUUUAUAUCUCCUGUCCCAUUUUUCUAUUCCUUAUUUAUUAUUUUUUAUAUGUGUUUAUGUAUGGAUGUAUGUACCAUUUCUCUGUCCUAUUAAAAACCUUUGCUCGUCUGUUCUGUCUCUCGCUUCCUUCAGAUUAAGCAAUAUCACAGUUGCGAUCAUGGUGUCGCAUGGCUGUGAUUCACUGGCCAUGAUUUACUGACAGGAAUUACUGUACUAUGAAAUGCUGAUUUUUGUGCAAACACGUAAAAAAACUUCAACAUACUUCCUCAUAUCGGUCACUAAAUCCUAAAACCACAAACUUUAAAGAGCUUCAUUCUAUUUACACAAUUCAUUUCAUAAAUCAUAUUCAUUCCUGUAAUGGACAAAUGUCUUUACCUGUCUCUGAUCAAUCUACUGCAUCCUUUCUGAGUAAAUGUAUUCAUUUCUAUAAUCUUGCUGACCCCAAGUGCACUUUUGAACACUAGUGAACAUAUGAGAGAGAAGCUCAGAUAAACAAGUAUGAGUUUGUGCUUACAACAGAAUGCACAUGAUUUCUUGUUC